AUGGUCUGCCAAUCGUGCGAGGACAAGAUCGGCACCAACGCGUGUCCCCUCUGUCGUCUGCCGCGCGCAGAAACUGAUGCGGAGCAGCUCGCGCGUCUUCGCCGCCAUGUGGAGAACGAGGUGCCAGAAGCAAUUACGUUUUUGGGAACCGCGUACAGCCAGGGCGGUCACUUCGGCCUCGUGAAAUCCGAUAAGAAAGCGGCAAAGAUUUACCGGCGCGCUGUGGAGCUCGGGAACGUGGACGCGAUGUCACGACUUGGGGAAAUGACCGAGUAUGGAAGUGGCGUCAAGCUGGACAAGAAGAAGGCGGAGCGGCUGUAUCGCGCGGCCGCAGACCGGGGCUGCGCGAUCGCGCAAAGCAGUCUGGCGUUUUUGGGAGACGCGUACUGCGAAGGUCGGUACGGUCUCGUGAAAUCCGAUAAGAAAGCCGCGAAGAUUUGGAAGCGCGCAGUGGAGCUCGGGAACGUGGAGGCAAUGGUCAGACUUGGGUACUCGUACGAAACUGGAAGUGGCGUCAAGCUGGACAAGAAGAAGGCGGAGCGGCUGUAUCGCGCAGCCGCAGACCGGGGCCACGCGGUCGCGCAAUUCAAUUUAGGGAUUCGCCUUCAUUCUGAGGAGAAACAUGAAGAAGGGUUCCGGUACUACGCGCUCGCGGCGGAUCAAGGCUAUACCAAUGCGGAGAACAACCUUGGCUGCUGUUAUGAGCGCGGAAAAGGCACGGAGCUGGACAAGAAGAAGGCGAAGCGGCUGUAUCGCGCGGCCGCAGAUCGGGGCGACGCGGCCGCGCAAUACAAGUUAGGGUUUUUACUUGAUGCUGAGCAGAAACAUGAAGAGGCGUUCCGGUACUACACGCUCUCGGCGGAUCAAGGCUAUGCCUUUGGAGAGUUCAACCUUGGCUGUUGUUACGGGAACGGACAAGGCACGGAAGUCGACCUCGGCAAAGCCAGAUACUGGUUCGAGCGCGCCGCUGCCAAGGGUUACGAGAGAGCUAUAGAGUCCCUCGCGGCCCUCGACGCGCGAGUAUAGCCUAAGUCUUUACGCCGA